GUGGGAUCAAUCCUGCUUGUGAUAAAAUACUCCUGCUAGUCGGAAUCAAAUUCCCGUCACAGCUUUCUACGAAGUUUCUCAUCCAGUUGCAACAACAAACAUCAUGGCAGUCCCAACAGACCUGGCUCUGCCAAACUUCGAUGCGGUGUUCAUGCAGAACAACCAAGAAAGCGAUUCUCAAGACCCAAUUCAAGCCCUGCAAGGCGUGCCCUAUGCUAUCCGCAAAGUCAUAAGCAUAGCCAAGAUCAAGAUUCACAUCACCGUGGAACCCGUUGAUCCAAGCGAUGCAUCCUCAAAGUUCCGCUUCAAGCUUACAUCUUCCGUCAUGGGCCUCGGUAUCAUUGGCGCUGCACCUCUACGAGCCGUUGGCUUUCAGACGGACAACACUGACGUGCGGGUGAUGGAUGGCGUUGAGCAGGAAAAAGACGAGCCCAUGAUUGGCAAGACAAAGAGUCGCAUCUGGAUGUGCACGAUUGAGGAAGUAAUGACGGAACCUAAUACUAUUGGGGAGGUCGCUGAGUUUCUCAAACAAGGCUGGGAGGGCUACGAUGCGAAGACAUCAAAGGUUGUUCGUAUUAGCAUCAAGAGUGCGGGGCCCAGUGCUGAGCCGUGGCAGAAUGAGCAGGUUUGGGGAGUUCAGCAAGGAAGAUGGACGGCGCGCGUUGCGUUUCGGAAGGGGAGUGUAAGUGAGACUGCACGCAUUCUGUACGACUAUGUCACUUAAGAUC